AUCGUCAUUUAAAUACCGACUGUCAUGCAGGUGCAACAGCUCAUUUUUAUAGCAACGAUAUUGGUUGUCAUUCCAUCGCCAAUAUGGGCUAAUAUCAAGGAUUUCAUUAUAGAGAAUGAGAGCGAUUUACAGCGUCUAGGUCUGGCUGAUGCCGAUCAACAAUAUGAGGAUGCCUUUGACUCUGAUUGGAUGCCUGACAGCUGUGGUGUGGGUGGUGGUGGUGGUGGUGGUGGUCACCCCUUCAGCGAAUACAUGGGCAAUAAUGAUGAGGAAAUGGUCUACGACCUGUCUCAAUUGGAUCCUCGACUGUUGAGGGAAAUACUGCAGCAAAUGAAAUAUGAUCCUCGCUUUGAGCAUUUGUGGGAGCAUUUGACUGAAGAAAACAUCCUAAGUGGUCGUUUGAUGUCCCACUCGGGUGAGGUUGAUGAGGACAAAGAAAAGGAAGAUUUCUAUGUGGACAUGGAUGAAAGUUACCAAGGUGGUGAUAAUUAUGAAAUUGAGUAAAUAUUUAUGUUGAACUAAUAAUUAAAAUUUUUGUAAAAUGAAUAAAAAAUAUCUUGGUGUAGAAAAGUGGAUAAAAACAAA